AUGUGCUUCCACUUGUGGAUCGCUGGUCUUCUGCUGUCAGCACUGGCUGGUAAGGGGUAGAGAUGCUUGUGGUUUGUGCCUCUGCAAGAUUCUGUCCUGGAUUCAGGGGCCUCUGAUUUUCGGGAGUGAGACCCAGACCUUUACACGUAUUUCAAAAUAUUUGCAGGAUUUUGCAGGCUGGAAGAGAGGGGAAAUUGAGGUUUCCUGACCAUGCCCUGCUCUCUUUAGUCUUAGGUUUGUCCGCUGGUUCACAGGUGGCCAGGGAUGAGAGAGUCUCCCAUCUGAGACCCUGGACAAUGGCUGUCAGUCAGAGUAAACAAUACAGUGGUACCUUGGUUCUCAAACGCUGAAAACCUGGAAAUAAGUGUUCCAGUUUUCAAACGUUUUUCGGAAGCCGAACGUCUGAUGUGGCUGUCGGCUAUUGUUUCUGGGGCGCCUGCACCAAUCACCUUGGUUUUCAAACAUUUCGAAAGUCAAGCAGACUUCCAGAACAGAUUAAGUUUGGCACGUUUGUUUUUGCUAUUUAUUUUGCUUUUUGUUUUUGAGGCUUUUUCGGUUAAUUUGUUUUUGUGACUGUGCGGAACCCACUUCAGCUACUGAUUGAUUGAUUGAUUGAUUGUGUGACUGUGGAAAUGGAUAAAAGCCCCCCAUUCAAACAAUGACCAUCAUCAGUGCAGGUAAGAAUUUUUUUUUUUUUAUCAUCAACAAUACUCUCUUAUUUAUUUUAUAGUGCAGUACACUGAUUAUUGCUCUCAUUUUAUGGAUCAAUGGUCUCAUUAGAUAGUAAAAUUCAUGUUAAAUUGCUGUUUUAGGGGUUGUUUUUAAAAGUCUGGAACGGAUUAAUCCAUUUUGAAUUGCUUUCUGUGGGAAAGUGUGCCUUGGUUUUGGAACGCUUUGGUUCUGGAACAGACUUCUGGAACGGAUUAAGUCUGAGAACCGAGGUACCACUGUACUGGGUGAGGGGGGCUCAUGAGCCUGAUUCAGUGCAAAAUAGCUUCAUACAUUAACUCAGGGCUGAGGAACUCCAGGCAAAGGUACUAAGUGUGGGUUGCAGCCUUCUGCACGCAGAGGAGAUGCUCUGCCCCAGGGGUCAGCGAACUUACCGCACCUAAAGGCCGGUGUCUCCAGCGCCGAUCGCUCGGUGGGCCGGAGGACGGGGGAGCGCAUGCCCAUAUGCGUGCGCACACGCUAUUUCCAGCGCACUUCCGGGUCGGAGGAGCACUGGAAAUAGCUUGUGCGCAUGUGCAUGGGCCUCCUCCAAUCCAGAUGUGCACUGGAAAGAACAUUUGACCAUGCGCAAAUAACGCUUGCGCAUGCGCACAAGCUAUUUCCGGUGCUCCUCGGACCCAGAAGUGGGCAGCUGCGCAGUGCAGCGCCGGUAAGAGCGGGAGGCGGGGUUUGCCGCGGGCCAGAUAAACAAGUCCCUCGGGCCUUAUCCAGCCCAUGGGCCUUAGUUUGGGGACCCCUGCUCUAACCACUCAGCAACAGCCCAUCCCUCACUCUCCUCCAUUUCCAGGUUGCAAAGGAAUAUUACACAGGGUUUUGCAUGUAGCUGAACAGAAAGCCAAAGGGGGAGCCCUCCUUUCUGGAGUUUACGCUGCCUUGGGAGACAUCUGGAGGCAGAGUUUUAGGCGGAAGCAGGAGGGGCCAAGAGCUAGACUUGGCAACGUCCCCUGCAUGCUCUCUGCUUGUACGCUGGUUUUGACCUUUAAAGCCCUUCACGGCCUAGGACCCUCGUACCUACAGGACUGCCUCUCCCGGUAUGCCCCACGGAGAGCCUCAAGGUCCAUAAAUAGCAACACCCUAGAGGUCCCGGGCCCAAAGGAAAUUAGAUUAGCCUCAACCAGAGCCAGGGCCUUUUCAGCACUGGCUCCGUCCUGGUGGAACGCUCUGUCUCAUGAGACCAGGGCCCUGCGGGAUCUGAUUUCUUUCUGCAGGGCCUGUAAGACAGAGUUGUUCCGCCUGGCCUUUGGCUUGGAAACAAUUAGAUUCCCUCCCCCUCUUUCUUUUUUCCUUUCUCCUCCUGUGAAGAGGCUGCAUCUUAAUGUUUUAAGUUGUAUUUUAAUCAACUUGUUUUUAUUAUUGGUUGUUAGCUGCCCUGAGCCCAGUCUGGGCUGGGGAGGGCGGGGUAUAAAUAAAAUUUAUUAUUAUUAUUAUUAUUAUUAUUAUUAUUAUAAUAAUAAUAAUAAUAAAAAAUCUGGAAACUCUUCGAGUCUCCGAUUCUCCCUUCUGACCUGCUGAUGAUCCAGCCCUGACGCUCAGGGGUAGAUCAUCUGCUUUGUAUGCAGAAUCAUAGAAUCAUAGAAUCAUAGAAUCAUAGAGUUGGAAGAGACCACAAGGGCCAUCGAGUCCAACUCCCUGCCAAGCAGGAAACACCAUCAGAGCACUCCUGACAUAUGGUUGUCAAGCCUCUGCUUAAAGACCUCCAAAGAAGGAGACUCCACCACACUCCUUGGCAGCAAAUUCCACUGUCGAACAGCUCUCACUGUCAGGAAGUUCUUCCUAAUGUUUAGGUGGAAUCUUCUUUCUUGUAGUUUGGAUCCAUUGCUCCGUGUCCGCUUCUCUGGAGCAGCAGAAAACAACCUUUCUCCCUCCUCUAUGUGACAUCCUUUUAUAUAUUUGAACAUGGCUAUCAUAUCACCCCUUAACCUCCUCUUCUCCAGGCUAAACAUGCCCAGCUACCUUAGCCGUUCCUCAUAAGGCAUCGUUUCCAGGCCUUUGACCAUUUUGGUUGCCCUCCUCUGGACACGUUCCAGUUUGUCAAUGUCCUUCUUGAACUGUGGUGCCCAGAACUGGACACAGUACUCCAGGUGAGGUCUGACCAGAGCAGAAUACAGUGGCACUAUUACUUCCCUUGAUCUAGAUGCUAUACUCCUAUUGAUGCAGCCCAGAAUUGCAUUGGCUUUUUAGCUGCCGCGUCACACUGUUGGCUCAUGUCAAGUUUGUGGUCAACCAAGACUCCUAGAUCCUUUUCACAUGUACUGCUCUCAAGCCAGGUGUCCCCCAUCUUGUAUUUGUGCCUCUCAUUUUUUUGCCCAAGUGCAAUACUUUACAUUUCUCCCUGCUAAAAUUCAUCUUGUUUGUUUUGGCCCAGUUCUCUAAUCUGUCAAGGUCGUUUUGAAGUGUGAUCCUGUCCUCUGGGGUGUUAGCCACCCCUCCCAGUUUGGUGUCAUCUGCAAAUUUGAUCAGGAUGCCCUUGAGUCCAUCAUCCAAGUCGUUGAUAAAGAUGUUGAAUAAGACCGGGCCCAAGACAGAACCCUGUGGCACCCCACUAGUCACUCUUCUCCAGGAUGAAGAGGAACCAUUGAUGAGCACCCUUUGGGUUCGGUCAGUCAGCCAGUUACAAAUCCACUGAGUGGUAGCAUAGUCAAGACCACAUUUUACCAGCUUCUUUACAAGAAUAUCAUGAGGCACCUUGUCAAAUGCCUUGCUGAAAUCAAGGUAGGCUACAUCCACUGCGUUCCCUUCAUCUACCAGGCUUGUAAUUCUGUCAAAAAACGAGAUCAGGUUAGUCUGACAUGACUUAUUUUUCAGAAAUCCAUGCUGACUAUUGGUGAUCACAGCAUUCCUUUCUAGGUGCUCACAGACUGUUUGCUUAAUGAUCUGCUCCAUUAAUGAAGGCCCCUAGUCCAAUCCCUGGAGAUCUCCAGAUAGGGCUGGGGGAGAUGGCCUUCCUACAACCCUGGAGAGAUGCUGCCAGUCCGUGCAGGCAGCACUGAACCAGGUGGACCAAUGGUCUGAGUCAGCAGAAGGCAGCUUCUGGUAUUCAGUUAGCUGUAUGACUGGGUUUUUAUGUAAAUUUGGGAUCUGUCCGGGAUUCACACACACGGGAGUAGCCGUCCUCUGCAAUGAGGUUCAGUCCUCAGAUAGAGAACUGUUCCCCAUCAUUUUCUUUCAUGAUGCUCAGCAUCUUGAUAGACAGUGCACUGCUCAGGUUCCUUUUGCAGCGACUGGAUUCAUAAAAUCAGAGCAAGGGUGACAUCUAGUGUGCGAAUGGAGGAACUUCCAGUCUCCCUCUCUUCCCGCUACAUAAUAAGGCGACUGGGGGAAGUCAAACUCGGAAUUGCUUAGAAACAGUAACAAGCCUGUUUAGUAAUAAGCACUAUGGUUAGUCAGACGCCUGUGCUUCCUUCCUCGCAAUCCUGCUCACCAGGCAACCUGAAAGGGUUCCCUGUAAUUUCAGAUUAAUCAAUCACGGUUCCUUAGAGAAAUAUUUCUGUAUUUGGAUGUAUUUACAUAGGCAGUUAAGGGAUGCGGGUGGCGCUGUGGGUUAAACCACAGAGCCUAGGGCUUGCCGAUCAGAAGGCUGGCGGUUCGAAUCCCUGCAACGGGGUAAGCUCCCGUUGUUCGGUCCCAGCUCCUGCCAACCUAGCAGUUCGAAAGCACAAAAGUGCAAAUAGAUAAAUAGGUACCGCUCUGGUGGGAAGGUAAACGGCGUUUCCGUGCGCUGCUCUGGUUUGCCAGAAGCGGCUUAGUCAUGCUGGCCACAUGGCCCGGAAGCUGUAUGCCGGCUCCCUCAGCCAAUAAAGCGAGAUGAGCACCGUAACCCCAGAGUUGGUCACGACUGGCCCUAACGGUCAGGGGUCCCUUUACCUUUACAUAGGCAGUUGCUUCUGAACUUACCAGUUUUGCUGGAGAACAUACCUCUGCUUUGGGUCACGCAGUGCAUGAUUAAACUAUGGAAUUAAUUAUCACAAGGUGCAUUUCCCUCUCCAAUGCAGCAAUAUCGGUCUUUUGGCCGUAGUAAGGGCACAGAGAAUCCAUUUACGUUGUCCAGUUGUCAAAUCCCAUAUAGAGGGUAUAUAGUUCAAAAUAAGAAUAUCCUCUGAAAAUAUUAGCUUUUUCGCACAGUCAUAUUUAUAUAAUCCACUACAUUCUCCCAAGACUUAGUAAGUGCAGGACAUUGUAAAAACCUGUUUUAAAAAAGCAUUCUUAUUACAGCUCCAAUAAAAUGCUGUUUUUCUAUACAAACCUAGUGGAGUCCAAUAAUUCUACAAAUUGUUUUUUGUUGUAGAAGUUAUAAUUUAAGGUCCAAUUAAAACCAUCGCCCAUUGUCUAGGCAAUCCUGGUUGACAGGUAAAGUAUACAUCCUUUGCUCCACCCACUUUCACCUCCGGCCCUGCCCACUCCCGGCAUGUGGCCCCCAAAAGGUUGCCCAGAAAGAAAUGCAUUCUUUGUCCUGAAAAAGGUUCCUAGCCUCUGCUGCAGUGCUUUUACUUAGAUGGCACGAUUACAUGAAUUCCCAGAGGAUAGCUCCGUUGGUUAGAACAUGGUGCUGAUAAUGCCAAGAUUGCAGGUUCGAUCCCCAUACAGGACAGCUGCAUGUUCCUACAUUGCAGGGGGUUGGACUGGAUGACCCUCAGGGUCUCUUUCAAGUCUGCAAUUCUAGGAUUCUAAGUCAGUGUAUGGCUUUUAACUGCGAUGGCUGAAUAGAGACUCCGUGUUCAAAGGCAGUGUACCACUGAACACCAGUUUCUCUGUGUGAGUGUGCAUAGAGGACAAGGUGGGAUUCCUAGAGGACUCUGCCUGCCCCCUGUGGGAAAUGGGAUGGUGCACUUGGACAGGCCUUCCAUCUGACCCAGCAUAUCUAUUCCUUAGUUGUUGUCUGACACUGUCCUUUAUUCAGGCUUCCUCUCCAUCUGGUACAGAAAAGAGAAGGCAGAUACAUCCUCUCUUUUAAUGCUAUUGUCUGUCUAGUCCCCAUGCUGAUUCGUUUAAAAAAAAAAAAAAAUCAGGAAAAAGUUGCAACACCUCCUGCUGGACAGCAGGGGGCAGCAGUGCUCCGCCAUGGCUCCUGGCUCCUUUUGCUCCCAGUGCUGUGUUCUGGAGCUGAAAGGGUCAUACUGUUUGCUCAUUAUCAAUGCAAGCAGGUUUGGGAAGCCCAGAUGAUAAGACCCCCUCUUGGGCUUACUGGUGUGGUCCAAAGGAAUGCAGAGCAAUGCAUCUGGCACCAGUUUGGCUGCAGAAGUUGCCGGAAGGAGGCGUACGAGGCACCAUCCAACUGUUUUAGAGACUCCACUAUGGAUUUGUGUAGGUCUUAAUCCUUACCCUUUUCUUCUCCUGAAUAUAUCUCACAAAGCAGCGGAGGUUUAGGACCAGAGUUUUCCUUCUCGUAGAUGGACUACCUUUCCAGGUUCAGCCCCUCACUUGCCCCUGCAGCAUGUGCAGAAACUGCCUUCUUGACCGUUGGACCCACUAAUGAUCUUGUCCGCUUAAUCCACUAGAGCAGGCACCCCCAAACUUAGCCCUCCAGAUGUUUUGGGACUACAAUUCCCAUCAUCCCUGACCACUGGUACUGUUAGCUAGGGAUGAUGGGAGUUGUAGUCCCAAAACAUCUGCAGGGCUGAGUUUGGGUAUGCCUGCACUAGAGCCUGUCUUCGCAUUCAGAAGAAGUCCCUCUCUCACCAAGGGCUGGAGACCCAUUGGCCACCCUUAGCUGAUUUUGCCAUCCAGUCGAAGCCGUUUCCUGGCUGUGGCCGCUGUCGCAUGCUGACAGCUUCUGGAAGCCACAGGCAAGAGCUGAGUGCAGGGUGGGGGAGCAAAGGUGGACAAACCACCCCAGAAGGAGCGCGAUUGGGCUCCUUUGCUCUCCUUUGCCCCUCACCCUGCCAAGUGAGGAUAAUAAUAAUAAUAAUAAUAAUAAUAAUUUAUUUAUACCCCACCCAUCUGGGUGGCUCCCAACAGAAUAUUAAAAACACAGUAAAACAUCAAACCUUAAAAACUUCCCUAAACAGGGCUGCAUUCAGAUGUCUUUUAAAAGUAGGAUAGUUGUUUAUUUCCUUGACAUCUGAUGGGAGGGCAUUCCACAGGGCGGGCACCACCACCAAGAGGCCCUCAGCCUGGUUCCCUGUAACGUCACUUCUUGCAGGGAGGGAACUGCCAGAAGGCCCUCGGCGCUGGGCCUCAGUGUCCAGGCUGAAUGAUGGGGGUAGAGACGCUUCUUCAGGUACAACUUUGGCUUGCGGAGUGAGUGCAAGCUGUGGUUGGCAUCCAACAGCAUACUGUGGUUUGCGCAAACCAGGACGUAGCCAAUACAGGCAAUUCAGCCAAGAGACAAGGCCGUGAGCGAGAGCACGAGGCUUGUUCUACGGCUUGGUGUUUGUGUGACCUUCCCUUUUGCUGACGAAAUCUCACUGCUGUUUGCCUUCUCUCCCCGCUUGCCUCCUCGCAACCAGGAGCUGUUGAAAUCGUGGUCCCCGACGAUCCUGUGGUCACCCUCUUUGGCCACGACGCGACUUUGUGCUGCUCCUUCUCCCCGGACGCCAACUUCAGCCUGGACGAGCUCAGCCUCAUCUGGCAGCUGACGGACACCAAGCGGCUGGUGCACAGCUUUGCGGGAGGCCAGGACCAACUGGCCAACCAAGGGAGGAGCUACACCAACCGCACGGCUCUCUUCUACGACCAGCUGCCCAGGGGCAACGUCUCUCUGCUGCUGCGGCGCGUCCGGAUUGCGGAUGAGGGAAGCUUCACGUGCUUCGUCAAAGUCCAGGGCUACAGCAGCGCGGCUGUCACGCUGCAGGUGGCAGGUGAGAGGGAGGGCAGCAGGGCUCCCCAGGGGCCAUCGGAUACCCUCCCUCAGGGAGUCCCUAGGCCAGCGGUUCUCAAGCCUUCCCCCCGGGUACACCCUUUGAGAAUAAAAAUUUGCUCAUGACGCAACAACAUUUCUAUCGAUAAGAAAUGCUUGUAAAACAAGCAGAAACAGCCUCUAGCAAUGCUCAGUUUGUAACACAGAACACAACUACUUUAUAAUAUGAUCAUGGGACAUGUAGAAAGUAUAAAACCAUACAGCUACAUAUUCUGCAAAUAAAAAAUAAUAUUAUUUUGAUACUAUACUGUACUAUGCCCAGUAUACCUGAAGGAGUGUCUCCACCCCCAUCGUUCUGCCCGGACACUGAGGACCUCCUACGAGGGCCUUCUAGCGGUUCCCUCACUGUGAGAAGUGAGGUUACAGAGAACCAGGCAGAGGGCCUUCUUUUUUUUAAAAAAAAUAAUUUUUAUUUACAGGCCAAUCAAAUCACAUUAAUUCCAAAUCACAUUAGUUCCAAAUUAUACAGCCAAAUUUUUAAAAUUUUGUUGGGGGUACCCAUACUUCGAGCUCCGAAAGGGAUCCAAACAUCACUCUUGCUGCUGCUUUAAUUACACAGUUCUGUCCAGUUCUGUCCAGAUAGUCUUUUUGUUAUUUUCCUCAUCUUCUUGUUGUUAUCAUAUAUUCCUUUCUUUGUGAUCUCCGAUAAUCUUCACAAGCCGGUUGAAAACAAGCAUAUCCUGUGUGGAUUUUACACUCUCCAAGAGCCAUAUCACAUAAAGGACAGACGCCAUUUCCACACCUCCGUAAAGAACCUUCCCACAGUCUGUCCGUUGAUAUCCACAGGCCUGCCAGUCUGUAUCUCAGGGGGCCCUGCCAGGUCAAAUUCACAUUCCGAUAACCAUACAUUCACAUUCCGAUAACCAUGGGCCUUCUUGGUGGUGGCUCCCGCCCUGUGGAACGCCCUCCCAUCAGAUGUCAAGGAAAUAAGCAACUAUCUGACUUUUAGAAGACAACCCUGUUUAGGGAAGUUUUUAAUGUUUGAUGUCUUAUUGUGUUUUCAAUAUUCUGUUGGGAGCCACCCAGAGUGGCUUGGGAAACCCAGCCAGAUGGGCGGGGUAUAAAUAAUAAAUUAUUAUUAUUAUUAUUAUUAUUAUUAUUAUUAUUAUUAUUAUGCUAUACCACACUGAAAUGUUUAAAUGUUGAUUGUCCUGGACUGGGCAGAGGAGGAAUGGUGGAGACCACCUCCUCAUCCUGACCCUUCUAGGGAGCAGGAAGAAGAAGACAGUAUAAAUUGACAACAGGGGGUUGAGGGAUGUAGCAGCUCAGAGGCAGAUGAGGGGAAAAGCUGGGAAAUCAUGGGAGAGCCAGAACAAAACCCAGCUCACACGUUGUCAUUAGAAAGCAUUCCAUACCCUCCACCUCCCAGAAGCUGACGAGCCUUAAAAGUAGGAGAGCAAAGAGCUCAAAGACAGAGGGAACGUAGCAACACCUAUAGAAGUGAUGAAUGAGGAAGUGGGAGAGACAGGGGUGGAGAUUCACUCGGGACAAUGCCAUUAUCCAAGAGGCUGGGUUCUAUAGCCUCUCUCUGUAAAGAUUGAAAUAAAAAAGGACGGUAAGAAACUUUUCCUUGUCUUUAUACUUUCCUGGGCAACCAGUUGGGAGCCGCUGACAGCAUCCUGACAGGUACAUCACGCACUUUGAGAACCAUUGCUAAAGGCUGAGUCCUGGUCCACCUCCCUCAUCUUGCAUUUACUCCCUUACAUUUCUUCAUCAAUUUGCAAUUCUUUAAACAGAAAAAAGAUCACAAAGAUUCCUUAGCAUUCCAGUGAAAUUUCUUUGCUAAUAUAUGCAUUUUUUUGCAAGCAAUAUAAUGCAUUUCGAAUACAGUGGUACCUCGGGAUGCGAACGGGAUCCGUUCCGGAGCCCCGUUCACAUCCUGAAUAGAACGUAAGACACGCGUGCACGGGUCGCAUUUUGCCGCUUCUGCGCAUGCGCAUGACGUCAUUUUUGAGCGCCUGCGCAUGCACGAGCGGAGUGCAAUCUGAAAGCGCUCAACCUAAAGCACAUUCAACCCAAGGUAUGACUGUAAUGUGAGGGUUUUUUUAAUGUUACCUUUGUUGAUAUAUGAUAAGGGAUGUACUUAUUAAAUUUGCGGGCUGAACAGCAUUCCACCUGCUCCUCAUCUUCCAGCCUUCUACUCCAAGCCCAACUUGAACCUGGAGCCCAACAAGAACCUGAAGCCAGGAGACCUGGUCACUGUGAUAUGCCACACCUUUUCCGGCUACCCUGAGGCGACGGUGCUGUGGCAAGAUGGCCGUGGCAACAACAUAACGGAGAACAUCACCACCUCCCAGGUGGCCAACGAGGAGGGCCUCUUCGACGUGCGGAGCAUCCUGCGGGUGGUGCUGGAGCCCAACAGCACCUACAGCUGCUUAGUGAGGAACCCUUUGCUGCGGCAGGAGACCCACGCCUCUGUCACCAUCACAGGUCAGCUGGGUGGGAGCAGGGAGCGGAGAUGGCUGGGGGCUGGCAUGCCACUGGGGGGCUCUGUGUGAGAAAGGUCUGGCUGUUGCUCAGGAAAGGCAUAGGAUCAAGACCAGGUGGGGAAAGGGAAGCAAAGAACCUAGAAUUCUAGAGUUGGAAGGUUUGCCUCUUGCCAGGCCUCUGCAAUGCAGGAAUCGCAGCUCAGGAAUCCCUAUAUAUAAAAUUAAUUUUUCUGUUUUACAAUUCAAAAUACUCAGUUUACAUUCUUAAGAUAUCCAUGACUUCCCUUCUUCUCUUUCCAUGGUUCAUUUUACAUAUCAUAAACCCUGCAUAUUUUACAGAAAAUAUACCAUUCAGUAUUCCAUUAUUACAUCCAUCAAAACUUAUUUACACUGUUGAAUUUAUCUUAAUGCUGCCAGCGUUUUCAGCUGUACACAAUUAUUUCCCAUAUAUUCAAUAAACGUUUUCCGAUCUUCUUCAAUUCACUUUCAAUAUAAUAUUAUUAUUUUUACAUUUUGACUUCCCAUCCUUAGAUCCGUGAUGUUCCUCUUGUUUUCCUUUAUCUGCUGCCACAGCUGCCAUUUAUUGUAUUAUAACUUAUGUCACAGUCAUUUAUUUGUUCUCCUUCCUAUUAUUCAAAUCCUGCUUGUGAUUACAUUUGAGUAUAGCUUUUUUCUCACAUAGUCAGAAAAGAACCUCCAGCAAAGUUCUCAUCUUUUUGAUCUCUUAUUUUUGCCGUCAGCUUUGCCAUCCCUGCAGAGUCUAUUAUUUUUCACUUGAAAACCCAUAUUUCUUUCGUUGGGACUUCUUUAGAAACCUCAAUGAAUGAGCUUCAAAACCUUCUAUGAAAGACAGCCCACCAGCUUCCGAGGUGGUCAGUACCACUGUUGGACAGCUCUUAUUGUCAGAAAGUUCUUCCUAAUGUUUGGUUGGCUAGUGGCCCAUCUAGUCUCACGCCCUGUUUGGAUAGACAGGUGCUUGUAAAGAAACUGGCCAAAUCUGCAAACAUAAAAUUUAUAGCAAGUGCUCUGCAUAGUUCUGUCUCUGCCCCUAUCCACCACCUGCUUGUGGCUGUCAGGAGCUCAGCCUACACUCGAGUAGGACCCUGGUAGAGACACAUGCCUGACUGGCAUGUUCUCUCCCUCCUGGUCGAUCGUUCGGGAGCUUCAAAAGCUUUGUUCAGUCCGAACAUCACAGCGACCGAUGCCACACUUAGGGAUCCGUAGAGUUUGCGCAUCAUGCGUGACAGACCUCAGCAGCUAAGCAUUUGGGCUAAUCUACUUUAUUUACAUAUAAACACACGCGGAGAACUGCAACAUGGCUCCCUCUCUUUCUAGCAUCAGACAGCAAAGAGAAAAAGAACAAAGGACAAUAGUCCCACUUCAUGGAACACAGUAACACAAACAUCCUGCCUCCGUCACUUCCCACUCUGUGGAGUCAAAACAUAUACCGUCAUGUGAUAGACAAAAAUCCCAUGACUGCAAUCGUGGAGCAGGAAUUCUAACAGUGGCCCCUGGAAAGUUAUCUAGAAGAGAGUGUAGCCCCUGGACUGAAAAGGUUUCCCCACCCCAACUUUCACCCUGCCUUUGAUUUGAAAGCUGAAGAGGUGACCUCUCUCCCUGACUUCCUUGCACCCGGGCACAGGAGGGAUUUUUUUUUUUUGGGGGGGGUGUCUUUUGUGUUCCCUCCCAUGAUCCAAGACAGAAUUUCUGAACAGGUCCCUGCCCUGUUGCCUGAUCCAAGCCCUCGUUGAUCUGCAUUAUUUGGGCUGUGGUUAACUCGGUGCUCAAAAUAUCCUGGCUGGCUGUUGGCAGGCACUCGGGAGCGGAUGUUUGAUGGCUCUUGCAGGGCUCUGGGAUGCUGCUGCUGCUGCCUGGUGACAAGCUCCAGGAAUACGAGCACGGGAGAGGGAGAUGCUGAAACAACUCAUAAAUAACGGCAGCAGGGACACUUUAUUAAGCGCUGUUUAUUGUACAGGACGCUCCUUCGGCAGGGCUGCUUCUCUGGCCGUUAAUGUCUUGAUUCUGUGUAAGAGUUUUCGGUGCUGUUUAUUCCAGCCAGCCUUAGUGGGGAGGGAGGCUCCUAGAACUUUUGCAGUGAAAGGGAUGGUUUGAAGGUGGGAGAAAGUGGAGAGGAGAAAGGGCUGAGCGCAGGGUAUCUCGUAGUUCUGGACCAAACACUGUCAUCCGGGUGCAUAUGGAAGGAGUGGGGUCAUCGGUUGUUCGACUUUCUAUUCUUCUCAGGGAUGAGACCCUUGGCUUUGCUGGCUGGGGCUGACAGAAGUUGGAAUCUAUCUGUAGAUAUGGGUUAUAUGUUGGUAAAUUGUCUGAAACUGGUAUGGUGUUCAUGUCAUGAUACCAAUUUCAGACAUUUUGAGCUGGCAGUGCAUUGUGGUGGCCGGGGAGCCGUGAUGUAUUCCAAGCUCAAAUUGCCUGCAGACAGCAAAGGCGCAGGCAGGCAGGCAGGCAGAGGUGCGAGCCAGGGAGGGCUUGCUCAGUAGGGCUUGGCAAUGUAUCUUGACUGCUUCUUCCUCCCCUAUGUUGGGGUGGAAGAAGCAGCCAAGAUACAUCGCAGACAUCACAACAUAUUAGCAUAUCUCGGUGUUUAGCUGCUGAUAUAUCGAUGCUGAAAACCAGAUAUCGCCCAGCCCUAACCAUCUGGGGGACCAUGGAUUUCUCACCACUGGUGGACAACAAACUAAGGUGCAUGCACACUGCUCAUUUCCAUUAGUCCAGCCAGAAUACUGGGCCUGAGGCAGCUGCCUCACUUUGUCUAAUGAUAGAGCUGGUCCUGCUUUGAGAGCUGGUGGGAGGGAGCAAGGUUUCAGAAACUGAGCAUGACCACUGAGAAGGCCCUAUCCUUAACCCUUGUCCCCACCCUGUUUUUGUGGUUCUGCCAACCUCUGAAUUGCUUCAAGGAUGCUGAUAAACCACCACCACUUCCACCAGACUAUUUCUUAUCAGUCUUGGUUUUAUAUACCGGUAUAUAAAAGAUUUCUUUGUUUACAAAUUAUCAGUCUUGUUUUGACUACAGCCUUGUUGGAACUCACUGCUGGCGAUUGCUGUUAGAAGGACUGAUGGCCAGGACUUUGAAUUGGGCAUCAUCAUCAUCAUCAAUUGAAUUUGCUAGUUGCUUUAUCUUGCCCAGGGCAACCCAAAGUGACUUCCAACCAACCAAGACAACCCCCCCCUCAACUGCCACAUAAAUACAUUAAAACCAAGGUGAGAAUGAAAUACUUUAAGCAGACCCUGUCCACUUCAAAAAGCCCACAGAUAGUUAAAGGCCAAAGCCUGGUUAUAAAGGAUAGUUUUUGCCUGGUGCCUAAAUAUAUAUAAUGACGGUGCCAGGCGAGCCUCCCUGGAGAGAGCAUGCCACAGACGGGGAGCCACUGCAGAUAAGGCCCAUUCUCAUGUUGCCACCCUCUGGACCUCUCAUGGAGGAGGCAAGUGAAGAUGAUCCUCAGAUGACGAUCGUAGGGUCCUAGUCGGUUCAUAUGGGGAGAGGUGGUCCUUGAGGUAUCGUGAUCCUGAAAUGGAUUAGAAGCCAGCAAACCUGUUCCAUGUUGUUGGCUGCAUGGAAUUAUCUCAGGAGUUCAGAACUUCCAAAAGAGAGGCUUUCCCCUCUGGCUCUAUUAGCACAGCAUAUGGAGGAACUAUGCACCAGCUUGAGGAUGAUUCCUGAAUCUAGCUGCAGUCGCCGCUGAGACUCGCUCUGUUCUUCCCCCCUCUUGACAAAUAUAACUUGUAAGUUCUGAGAGACAGGGGCCUGUCUCUUUUGCUUAUGCUGAGCACUCUGUUCAUUGAUGCUCUCUCUAUUCCCUAACCUAGUGCCUUCCAUAUGUUAACUGAGCUACAACCUCAUCAUCCCUGACUGUUGUCCAUGCCGGUUGGGGCUGAUGGGAGUUGAAAUCCAACAAUAUCCAGAUGGCGCCAGCUUGGGGGAGCCUGCCUUCUUUUAGUGAUAGAAUCAUAGAAUUGUAGUCUUGGAAGGGAUCCUGAGGGUCAUCUAGUCCAACCCCCUACAAUACAGGAAUCUCAGCUGAAGCAUCCAUGACAGAUCACCAUCCAACCUCUGCUUUAAAACUUCAAAGGAAAGAGAUUCCACAACCUCUGGUGGGAGACCUUUCCUUGGCUCAGAUCGCAGCUGACGGCUUAGUAUAGCAUCUUGGAUUUUAGACAGAUGUUGUCUACCCCUUAUAAAACUUUCCAGAGGCCAAGCAUGCCUGUGCUUGUCUUCUCUUUUAAAAAGGGUCUCCUUUAUAAUAUUGCCCUGUGCUAAACCUUCUUGGGUUUCAGGUUAGGAUCAAUAUGGCAGUUAAGUCCUGCCUAUGUUUGCUUAGAACAGCCUUCCCCCAACUUUUGACAACUCCCACCAUCCUUGACUGUUGGCCAUACAUGGGAGUUGGAGUCAAAAACAUCUGGAGGGUCUGGCUGGGGAAGCAGGUCUUACAGUUUUCCAGGUAAAUAUGUUUAGGAUUGAAGUUUUUGCAAUAGAAAACGUGGAUCGGUGGGAUUUACUCCUUGGUAGGUAUAUAUAGGAUUGCAGCCUUACAUCUUUGAUAGAAGUUUGAUCUCCCUGUGAAAUUCUGUUCACAUGACUUCCCCCUGGUUCUUCCUUGUGGCUUCCAGUUGUUGUCACACCAUCUCAACUUUUAUAGACACCCUGAAGCUCUUUGUAACCUUGUUCACUUGCAGGUAACAUUAAUUAGUGUUUAAUUAUCCUUGGCACAGCAAUUGCUGGCUUGUGAAGGAGGGUCCCUCAAGGAACAUAAACCUUUUGGCUAAAUGCAUGGCGCCACUUGAAUGGCGAUGGAGAAUGGCUGGGCCUUGCGACACCUGGCAAAACACCUUUUCUUGGGUGCAGCCUAAACAGUAUGGCGGCCACGGCUGUUAAAGAGAUGCUUAUGGUAGCCCUGUAUCACAAAGGUGCAAUUGUGUGUGUGUAUGUGUGUGUUUGCAUUUGUCCUGGAACUCUAUGAAAUUCUGUACCUCUCACAUUCUGCAACCUGAAAACUCCAAUUCUGCAAUGGGAAUACGUUUUACGUAAACUUAGCAGCAUCACAGAUUUGUUUAAUCUCUCUGUGUUUUUUAAAAAUUCUGUGGUUUUUAGUUUAGCUGCCUUCUAAAUAUCUGAACCAGGAGAUGGUGGGGCUGAACACCCCGGUAUCUGAGCCAUGGCCUGCCUUAGGGGCUGCUGGUGAAAAAGGAAGGGCACUCUUUACAUAUUUAAAGGCAUUUCCUUCUUCUUUUUUGCCUUUAAUUUUAUUUUACAAAAGUGCCAAAGAUACCUUGGCAAACACACAAAACAUCAGGAUACUCUCAGAACAAUAUAUGUGCACAUGAGCUGGACGGAUUAUAUUUUGUCCUUAUAUCUAUCAAUGGAUACCAGAAAUCUCCAGCCCUAUUUGAAAGCUAUACCUUGCUGCAAGACCAAUAUUUGGUGCAAGACCAAUGAGUAGCCAUGCCCUGAACUCACAAGCCUCAUGUGCUCACUAGCCUUGCCCCUAGCACCCACCCCUUAUUUGUGGACGCCAGUGGGUAGGGCUAAUCUGUACUUUUGAAUAGGAGAGAGGUGGCAAACCAUUUUUUUUUGUAAGCCUAAAGGCCACGUGGCAUGGUGGGUUAAACCACAGAGCCUAGGACUUGCCGAUCAGAAGGUCGGCGGUUCGAAUCCCUGUGACGGGGUGAGCUCCCGUUGCUCGGUCCCUGCUCCUGCCAACCUAGCAGUUUGAAAACACAUUGAAGUGCAAGUAGAUAAAUAGGUACCGCUCCGGCGGGAAGGUAAACAGCGUUUCCGUGUGCUGCUCUGGUUCGCCAGAAGCGGCUUAGUCAUGCUGGCCACAUGACCCGGAAGCUGUACGCCGGCUCCCUUGGCCAUUAAAGCAAGAUGAGCGCCGCAACCCCAGAGUUGGCCACGACUGGACCUAAUGGUCAGGGGUCCCUUUACCUUUAAAAGCAGCGUUCCCUUCGGAGCGUGCCAGUGGUGUGAGAGGCAAAAGUGGGCAGAGUCAUGCAUCUAAGUUUAACAUCUCUAAAACAAGCUGGCUUCUACUUGUGCACUGCCCUCUCUCUCCCCAUCCUGACAAGCAAGAGGCAAUAUCAGAGUACCAGGACUUGUUCCAGCCAGGCAAAAGCAUUCCAGGAGGAUGCAAAACAGGGCUGGUGAGCGGUGUAGCCUGGGGAGAGUCCGGAGGGCCUCACACGGGACGGCUGCACUGGGUGGAAAUAAUCGUGCAUAUGAGUUUGCAGAGUUCCAAUCCUUCUUCCCUUGGCCUUUCCUUGGCGUACAUGGCAACCAAAAUGGUCAAAGGCCUGGAAACGAUGCCUUAUGAGGAACGGCUAAGGGAGCUGGGCAUGUUUAGCCUGGAGAAGAGGAGGUUAAGGGGUGAUAUGAUAGCCAUGUUCAAAUAUAUAAAAGGAUGUCACAUAGAGGAGGGAGAAAGGUUGUUUUCUGCUGCUCCAGAGAAGCGGACACGGAGCAAUGGAUCCAAACUACAAGAAAGAAGAUUCCACCUAAACAUUAGGAAGAACUUCCUGACAGUAAGAGCUGUUUGACAGUGGAAUUUGCUGCCAAGGAGUGUGGUGGAGUCUCCUUCUUUGGAGGUCUUUAAGCAGAGGCUUGACAACCAUAUGUCAGGAGUGCUCUGAUGGUGUUUCCUGCUUGGCAGGGGGUUGGACUCGAUGGCCCUUGUGGUCUCUUCCAACUCUAUGAUUUUAUGAUUCUAUGGAAUUGCUGUCUUUGCAGAGACUGGUCCUGUUUUAAAGUGCCUUUAGCCGAGACUCCCUUCCCCAGCAAAGUGUGACAAUCAGCAUCUAUUUGAAUUUAUUAGCAUAAUUAUUUAAAGGUUAAUGAAGUGUUUUACGGGGUAAUUUCAACCUGCUGUUUCCUUGCCUUCCCUGGCGUAUCCGCUGGCCCUGUAGAAAGGCAGCAAUUGGAAGCACCCGCCCGCAUCGUUUGGCCCCUGACUCCCGCAAUCUGAGCGAACCAUUGUCAUUUCAUCAGCUCUUAUCGGGCGGGGGAUUUUGGCUCCUGAACGUGCAAAGUACACGGCUGACUCCAGUUUUGCAGGGAGUGUCCCCUUAUUCUCCAGCUGAUUCUGCUUCUUCCACCCAGUAGCCCUUUAAUGAAUCUUAAGAAGGUGGGCAGGUGUGGCGGACUCCCUGGUCCUGAAUGGGGUAACUGUGCCCCUGAAGGACCAGGUGUGCAGCCUAGGAGUCAUUUUGGACUCACAGCUGUCCAUGGAGGCACAGGUCAAUUCUGUGUCCAGGGCGGCUGUCUACCAGCUCCAUCUGGUACGCAGGCUGAGACCCUACCUGCCCGCUGUCUGUCUCACCAGAGUGGUGCAUGCUCUGGUUAUCUCCUGCUUGGACUGCUGCAAUGCGCUCUGCACGGGGCUACCUUUGAAGGUGACCCAGAAACUACAACUAAUCCAGAAUGUGGCAGCUAGACUGGUGACUGGGAGCAGCCACCGAGACCACAUAGCACCAGUCUUGAAAGACCUACAUUGGCUCCCAGUAUAUUUCCGAGCACAGUUCAAAGUGUUGGUGUUGACCUUUAAAGUCCUAAAUGGCCUCAGUCCAGUAUAUCUGAAGGAGCGUCUUCACCCCCAUCGUUCUCCCCGAACACUGAGGUCCAGUUCCGAGGGCCUUAUGGCGGUUCCCUCACUGUGAGAAGCCAAGUUACAGGAAACCAGGCAGAGGGCCUUCUCGGUAGUGGUGCCUGCCCUGUGGAAUGCCCUCCCAUCAGAUGUCAAAGAGAACAACAGCUACCAGACUUUUAGAUGGCAUCUGAAGGCAGCCUUGUUUAGGGAAGCUUUUAAUGUUUGAUGCAUUACUGUAUUUUAAUAUUGUGUUGGAAGCCACCCAGAGUGGCUGGGGAAACCCAGCUAGAUGGGCGGGGUAUAAAUAAUAAAUUAUUAUUAUUAUUAUUAUUCAUCAAAAUUCUGGACAUCGCCAUCUGUGUGCAAAGCUUAUCUAUUCCAUUUGUACCAUUUGAAUUUGCUUGAUUUCUCCUGCUCUGGAGGGCAGGACUCAAACCAGUGGCUUUAAGUUACAAGAAAGGAGAUUCUGGCUAAGUACCAGGAAGAACUUUCUCGCAGUAAGAGCUAUUCGAGAGUGGAAUGGUCUUUGGGAGAUUGUGGACUCUCCUUCCUUGGAGGUUUUGAAGCAGAGGUUGGAUGGCCAUCUGUCAUGGAUGCUUUAGCUGAGAUUCCUGCAUUCCAGGGGGCUGGACUAGAUGAACCUUGGGGUUCCCUCCAACUCUACGAUUCUAUGAUUCUUCCCCCACCUUUCUUCCAAGAACCUCAAGGUGACGGUUAUAGUUCUUUCCCAGCCACCCCUCUCAACAACCCUGUAAGGUGGGCUAGGAUGGGAGAGAGAGUCACUGGCCCAGGGUGAAUUUUGAUGGUUGGGCAAGGAUGUUUCUAUUUAAAAAAAAAAGUUUUUAUGAACAAUUUCAACAUAAGAAUAUAUCAAAACAUAUAAUACUCAUUAUUUCCCCCCCUUUCCCCCCACUCCCCAUCAAACCCUCCCUCCCCCCUGAGACUUCCCUCAGCUCCUCUCUCUGAUUUCUCAUCACAUGUUGUUCUCUAAAUAUUAUAAAAUUAUAUCGAUCCUUAUAUUAUGUAUCUACCAUGUUAUCAAUCAGUAAGUUUGUGUAUGUUUAUUCAAAAUCUGCCAAGGAGUCCAAUUCAUCUUGUUGUCUUUUAAAAUACAGUGGUACCUCGGGUUACGUACUUAAUUUGUUCCGGAGGUCUGUUCUUAACCUGAAACUGUUCUUAACCUGAAGCACCACUUUAGCUAAUGGGGCCUCCUGCUGCUGCCACGCUGCCGCCGUGCGAUUUCUGUUCUCAUCCUGAAGCAAAGUUCUUAACCUGAGGUACUAUUUCUGGUUAGCAGAGUCUGUAACCUGAAGCGUCUGUAACCUGAAGUGUAUGUAACCCGAGGUACCACUGUACUUUGUAAAAAGUUCCUAUUCUUCUUUAAAGUGACAGUUGUCCUUAUCUCACAGUUUGUAUGUCAGUUUAGCCAAUUCUGGGGCAAGGAUAUUUCUCCGGUCCCAGGGUCUGAUGCCAAAAUCAUUGUUAAAUGUGGGGUGAUUGCAGGCUGGACAGCGCCUGCCACCCCACUACCUGGGGAUGAAUUGGCAAAGUGAGAAAAAUAGAUCACAAGGAGGGGGGCUGCAAUAUCCUCCUCCCCCAAUCCUCCAAACGCUUUCUGCCCUGACCUACACCAGAGUGACACCAGAAUUAUCACGCAGGACAGUGACCUCGAUAGUCUUGCUCAGUUAGUUUCAAUAUACCGUACUUUUCAGUGUAUAAGACUAUGUUUUUUUCUUUAAAAAGCAUGCUAAAAAAUGGGGGUCGUCCUAUACAUGGGUAGUGCAUAGGUUGGACGUUUAAUCGGUUGCUGCCAAGGCGGUCAACGGCUGUUGUGCGUAUUAUUGGUUGCUACAUCAAUGGGUGGUGUUGAUUGGCUGGCACUCCUGCAAUUGGGGGGGGGGGGAAUUGGCAGCUUCUGCCGGCGAUGGGACAGACAGGAGGCGGACUUAUUGAUGCGUGCAGGUGAGCGAUUUUCAGCAGUCCCCCCUAAAAAAAGCUCAACAACCCUGGGCAAUACUCUGCAAAAAAGCUGAACAACUCUGUGCCCUCUCCCCCCAUUUUAUUAAAUUUGAGUCCCCACAAAUAGGGGGUGUCUUAUACAUGGCGGUGUCUUAUAGACAGAAAAGUACGGUAGUUUCAUCUUGCUCAGUUGAAAUAUCUGGCAGGAAUUGUGGGCUUCUCAGGCAAUGGCUGUGUUUGAAAAUGAGGGUGGCAGAAAACAGGGGGACAUCCCAACAGAAUGACAAUAAUUUAUUUAUAUGCUGCCCAUCUGGCUAGGUUGCCCACAAAGGAGCCCACAGCUUCUGGUGAAGCAGAUUGGUGGUGAUCAUUACCUUGUAGGCCAGUGCAGAACAUUGUCAAGUACAUUUUCUUAAAAGCUAUAAUUAAGGAAGCAGCCGUUCUUGUCCUGCUGCCUAUUUAGCAUGCAACUGAGUGCACACGUGGGUUUGAUGGUGAUACUGGAGAGCUGUGGAAAAAUCGGCAGGACUUUUGCGAGGAAGCUACCCCCAGCUCCGAUGGAGCCCAAAUCUAUCAGCUACAUACUGGAACUUCCCUUUGAAAGUAGCAAAGCAGUUAAUAUAGAUUUUAAUAACUGGUAAAAACUCUGGAAGAGCGAUCGGACGUUUACAGCAUGUUAUUCCUUGAAGGAGAACUACUUGAAAAUGAUUUACAGGUGGUAUUUAACUCAGAGUAGGCUUGCUAAGGGGGACGCGGGUGGCGCUGUGGGUUAAACCAAAGAGCCUAGGACUUGCAGAUCAGAAGAUUGGCGGUUCGAAUCCCCGCAACAGGGUGAGCUCCCGUUUCUCGGUCCCUGCUCCUGCCAACCUAGCAGUUCGAAAGCACGUCAAAGUGCAAGUAGAUAAAUAGGUACCGCUCUGGCGGGAAGGUAAACGGCGUUUCCGUGCGCUGCUCUGGUUCGCUAGAAGUGGCUUGGUCAUGCUUGCCACAUGACUCGGAAGCUGUACGCCGGCUCCCUCGGCCAAUAAAGCGAGAUGAGCGUCGCAACCCCAGAGUCGGUCACGACUGGACCUAAUGGUCAGGGGUCCCUUUACCUUUACCUUUUAGGCUUGCUAAGAUGUUUAAGACUGAAUCAGAUAAGUGCUGGAGAUGCAAUGAGGUAGAGGGAAUGUUCUUUCAUAUGUGGUGGACCAGUAAAAGGGUAAAACAGUAUUGGGAAAUAAUUUACAAUGAAUUGAAAAAAAAUGUAUAAAAAGCACUUUUCAAAACAACAACAGAUCUCUUUUCGUUGGGGAUAAUUCAGAUGGAAAUUCCCAGGUCUCAAAAAGGGUUAUUUGUGUAUGCCACUACUGUGGUCCGUGUUUUGUUAGCCCCAAAAUGGAAAACGAGCAAGGUCCCAACUAAAGAAGAAUGGCAGCUUAAACUGAUGGAAUAUGCACAACUUGCGGAUCUAACUUAUAGAAUAAGAGAACAAGAAGAACCUUCGUUUAAAGAAGAUUGGAAAAUGUUUAUUGAAUAUGUGGGGGAAAGUCGUGUACACUAGAAAACGUUGGCAGCAUUCAGAUAAAUUCAACAGUGUAAAUAAGUUUUGAUGAAUGCAAUAAUGGAAAACUGAAUUGUAUAGUUUAUAUAAAAUAUGCAGGGAUUUAUGUUAUGCAAAAUGAACCAUGGAAAGAGAAGAAGGGAAGUCAGUGAUAUUUUAAAGUUGUUUAAAUGAAUAUUCUAAAUUGUAAAACAGAAAAUUUAAUAAAAAUUAUAGGUAGAUGAUAGAUAGAUAGAUAGAUAGAUAGAUAGAUAGAUAGAUAUAGAUAGAUACAGUAGAUGGAUAGUAGCAAAGCAGAACAUCUUGCACAAAUUUUGCAGGAAUAUUUCCAUACAUCUUGAAUGGGAUGCCUGUUAGGAUCUCCUUGUCUAAAGUGAGAUCUGGUAUGUGUGCAUAUGACCUUGUGGCAACCCAGUGGAUUUAUCUGUUUCCCUUCAGAGACAUUUCCCUCCUUUGCUUCCCAUCAAUGGCAUUGACAGAGACUUUACCAUCUUCUCCCUGUUUUCUCCUUUCCAGGUCAACACCUCCUGUUUCCUGCUGUGGCUCUCUGGGUGACAGUAGGAUUGGCCAUCUGCCUUGUCAUCCUCCUGGUUGCCCUGGCGUAUGUGUGCCAGAAGAAAAUUCGCCAGAGCUGCAAAGAAGAGAGAGAGAGAGCUGGUAUACAUAAAUAUAAUCAAAGUGAAAGAAUGUCUUUGUGCAAGUCCCCAUUGGAGGGUUUGUAGCGCUGCGUCACAAACCUGGGUUUGCAUGAAGACAGGGCAGGGCAGGGGAGCAAAAGUGACAGCGUGGCAUGGGACCAAGAAGGAAGAGACACCAAGAAAAUCUAUAAUAAUAAUAAUAAUAAUAAUCCUACUGAAAAAGAGGGAUGUGGUUGGCGCUGUGGAUUAAACCACAGAGCCUAGGACUUGCCGAUCAGAAGGUCGGCGGUUCGAAUCCCCAAGACGGGGUGAGCUCCCGUUGCUCAGUCCCUGCUCCUGCCAACCUAGCAGUUCAAAAGCAUGUCAAGGUGCAAGUAGAUAAAUAGGUACCGCUCCGGUGGGAAGGUAAACGGCGUUUCCGUGUGCUGCUCUGGUUCUCCAGAAGCGGCUUAGUCAUGCUGGCCACAUGACCUGAAAGCUGUAUGCCGGCUCCCUCGGCCAAUAAAGCGAGAUGAGUGCCACAACCCCAGAGUCGGCCACGACUGGACCUAAUGGUCAGGGGCCCCUUUACCUUUACCUUACUGAAAAAGACAGAAAAAAAGAAAAAAAGAAGGAAGAGACACUGAAAUUGUGGUUUAAAACAACGGGAGAAGUUUGAGUAAAGUACUAUGGGAUAUUUGAGGUUGCCACAUCCUUUAUCUCCUGCACAUGAGACAGCUGAGGAAUGGAAGAUGCAGAAGUUCUGAGUACAGCAAGUUGGGAAAGAUGCUGAAAGGAGAGAAAAAGAGGAUGUUUUAAACAAGAGCAGAGGUUUGAGUAAAGCAGGGAUGGAAGGACACCGAGAGGGGGAAAUGGUGAUUUUUAAAAGUGGCAGAUGUUUAAUAAGAGCGAGCAGGGGAUGAAAGUGGCAAUUUAAAGCAAGUUUUUAGUACAGCGAGAAGGGAGUUUGGAAAGGCUCUGUUGUGUUAGCUUCUUGGUGUUAGUUUCUGAGUUGUACCCAUCUCUGCUAUUUCUCGUUGCUAAAAGUGGCUUGUUUGCUUGUUAAAAAACAACCCCUCAAUGUUUCUGUAGUGUGGACCAGCUUUCUCCUGCCUGGUGUUACUAGACUACAACUGCAGUGCUAUUUUUCUGGGGGAAAAGAGGUGCCGGAACUCACAAUGAAUGCUUCCCUUAUUCUCUUAUAAUGGCAAUGAUGCCCACCUGAAGUUCUGGCUGGAAAAAAAGCCCUGCCAUUACCCCGAUCAUUGGCAGGGGCUGAUGGGAGUUGGAGUCCCACAACAACAGGAAGACCAUAUGUUCUCCAUCCUUGAUCUGAAUCUUAAUAGUAUCAGUGAGUCCAGUACUACACAGCUCCACCUGGCCUGAUAAUGGGGAUAUUUAACCACUGGAUGGCAGUGUUUGGUUUUUAUUUUUUAACCUUCCUUUUUGCACUUUUUUUUUCCAGCAAGAGAGGAACAGGAUGAAGGAGAAGGAUCCAAGACAGGUUAGUCAGAUUUUGUAUCUUUCUGGCAGCCCCAGAGCAAGAACUCUGGGGUGGGUCAUGUGCUAACAACUGUAGCUUGCCAAUUUACUCAUCCUGGCCAACGUGAACUGUGCAUGGGGGGAGCAGCCUGUUUCUGAUUGUAUGUUCUGGGCUGAAAAGUCUAAAAAAUAAUACAGUGGUAUCCUGGCUCUCAAACGCCUUGGUACUCAAACAACUUGGAACCCAAACACUGCAAACCCGGAAGUAAGGACACUGACAAACUGGAACGUGUCCAGAGGAGGGCAACCAAAAUGGUCAAAGGCCUGGAAACGAUGCCUUAUGAGGAACGGCUAAGGGAGCUGGGCAUGUUUAGCCUGGAGAAGAGGAGGUUAAGGGGUGAUAUGAUAGCCAUGUUCAAAUAUAUAAAAGGAUGUCACAUAGAGGAGGGAGAAAGGUUGUUUUCUGCUGCUCCAGAGAAGCGGACACGGAGCAAUGGAUCCAAACUACAAGAAAGAAGAUUCCACCUAAACAUUUGGAAGAACUUCCUGACAGUAAGAGCUGUUUGACAGUGGAAUUUGCUGCCAAGGAGUGUGGUGGAGUCUCCUUCUUUGGAGGUCUUUAAGCAGAGGCUUGACAACCAUAUGUCAGGAGUGCUCUGAUGGUGUUUCCUGCUUGGCAGGGGGUUGGACUCGAUGGCCCUUGUGGUCUCUUCCAACUCUAUGAUUCUAUGAUUCUAAGUGUUCCUGUUUGUGAACAUUUUUCAGAAGCCGAAUUUGCUCUGUUUUGAGUGCCAUACUUCCGUUUUGAGUGUUACGCUGAUGAUUUGAGUGUUACGAUUCUGAUUUGAGUGCCACACUUCCGUUUUGAGUGCUACGCUGAGGUCUGUUUGUUUUUGCUAUUUAUGUUGCGUUUUUGUUUUUGCGGCUUUUUUGUUUUGUUUUUGUGACUCUGUGGAAACCAGUUCAGCUACUGGUUGAUUGAUUGUGUGGCUGCAGUGCAUGGUUUAUUGCUUUCAUUUUAUGGAUCAAUGGUCUCGUUAGAUAGUAAAAUUCAUGUUAAAUUGCUGUUUUAGGCAUUGUUUUGAAAAGUCUGGAACGAAUCAAUCCAUUUCGCAUUACUUUCUAUGGGAAAGCUGCCUUGGUUUUGGAAUGCUUUGGUUUUGGAAUGGACUUCUGGAACGGAUUAAGUUUGAGAACCAAGGGACCACAGUAGUAGCAGAGCACUAGAUUGGGUCAAUAUUAUUCCUGCUGUUCAGGCUAGGGGUUCUGUUGAAUUUGAAGCUGGAGCAGCGCUAUAUUUUUCCUUCUAUCUUCAGUGUUUGGGCUAGGGGUGCUGUUGCAUAUGUGGCCAGAAUGGCACGACAUGUACAGCUUACUUCCAACACGGAGUGCUUUGAGAGCAUCACCACCAUGGUUGCAUGCCUAACUUGGGUGCCACGAGGAAGGGCUGUAGCUCAGUGGUAGAGCUCAGGCUUUGCAUGCAGGAGGUCCCAGGUUCAAUCCCCAGCAUCUCCAAGUACACCUCUUUAUUUUGCCUUUGACUGCUGAGAUAUAUACGACCUCGUCUGCACAAUGCAUUUAAAGCAAUAUCGUGCCACUUUAAAGAGCUGUGGCUUCUCCUGAAGAAUCAUGGGAAUCGGCUUGUUAAGGGUACUGUCAGUACACCCCUAUUCCUCCCCCACCGAACUACAACUCCCAGAAUGGUGUAACCAUCAACCCCUGUUCCCGGGGAAUUUCCGAGAACUGUAGCUCUGGGAAUAGGGGUUUCGUAACAACUCUCAACACCUUUUGCAAACUACAGUUCCCAGGAGUUUUUGUGGGGGGAGCCAGGACUGUUUAGAGUGUUAUGAUACUGCUUUAAGUGUGUGGUGCAGAUGGGGCCUGUAUUAGGAUGUACACUAUUCUUUUGACGUAAAUUUAACAGAUUUUAAUAGCGUCUCUUUAUAUGAUUGUAGCCCACCCUUGUUAAGGAAAACUUAGAAAUCCUAUAAAUCAGGGACGUCCAACUCCCAAUAGAGUGGGAUCUACUCACAGUAUAAAAAAAAAUGGCAGUGAUCUAACCAUUGCCGUAAAAAGACUGGCAGUGAUCUACCCAAAGUUGUGGAGCUUUUUUUAGUAAGCCAAAGUUUUUUUGUUUUUUGUAAGGAGAUUGUGCUAUAAAUGCACAAUAAAUAAGUGUGAUUGGGGGGAACUGUGUCUGAACCCUGGAGAGCUUCUGCCAGCCAAUACCGAUCUAGAUGGAGCAGGGGUCUGACUCUGUCCAAGUCAGUUUCUUAUGUCCCUCCCACCCACCGAUAUUGACUUGGAGCAGAGAAUUCCCUGAUGUGCUGCAGCAAGCUCUCAGCCACGCAGGCCUCUGAUAAACUGGAUUAUCAUUUUAAUAAAGUGUGAUAGCUGCACUCGGCUGUAAUCAAAUGGAUUAAUUAUAAGCCUGGUGAUUCCCUUUAUCUGCUUCUGAGCACAGCAAUAGACACAUUGCACAUAGAUUGCCUGGUUUCUAAUCUUUCCUUGAGAGUGCGGAGGCUUCAGGCAUCGUCGUCUACCUGUGUGACUGCGGUAUUCGGGGGGGGGGGGGAAGGGGAGGGAAGCAGGCAGUGAGGUUUGCAGAUUUGUCCCCCUCCUUUUGAGAAGUAGUCCUGUUGUGCUUCACAUCCACAUUAGGCAGCGGAGCACAAGGAUGCAAAUUGAGGGUCCAUAGCUCUGUCAAUUCUCUGGUUAGAAGGAUCUUCAGGUAGCAGGCGGAGGGAAAGACCUCUAACUGGGAGCUGCUGCCAGCCAGAGCAGGAAGCAGUGGUCCAAAGGGGCAAAUAGUCUGCCCCAGUGGGAGGCAGCUUUCUAUGUUCCUACCGGAUUCCAUUUUGAAACCUUAGCUUCUCGUUCUACUCCUGUGCACCAUGCAAUUCAUUACCUCGAAUCACAGGCGCUGCGUUGCCCCCAAGAUUGGGGGGCGGGGGCGGGUGUGUAUGUGAUGUCACCCGUGUAUGUGAUGUGUGUGUGAGAUGUCGCAUGAUGUCAGUACGUUUCUGAGCACAAUUCAAAGUGUUGGUACUGACCUUUAAAGCCAUGAAUGGCCUCGGUCCAGUAUAUCUGAAGGAGCGUCUCCACUCCCAUCGUUCUACCCGGACACUGAGGUCCAGCACCAAGGGCCUUCUGGCGGUUUCCUCACUGCGAGAAGCCAAGCUACAGGGAACCAGGCAGAGGGCCUUCUCGGUAGUGGCGCCCUCCCUGUGGAACGCCCUCCCACCAGAUGUCAAAGAGAACAACAACUACCAGACUUUUAGAUGACAUCUGAAGGCAGCCCUGUUUAGGGAAGCUUUUAAUGUUUGAUGUAUUACAGUAUUUUAAUAUUUUUUUGGAAGCCGCCCAGAGUGGCUGGGGAAGCCCAGCCAGAUGGGCGGGGUAUAAAUAAUAAAUUAUUAUUAUAUUAUUAUCUGCGUCUUCCAAUGCCAUGGAGACCAAACCGGUGCAGUCUAGCGGAAGGCUGCCCUGGCCUGCGUGGUGUCAGGAGACCCCUUUCCACUUUCUCCACCCCACAGAUAGUUUUGUGCCCCUCUAUCCUGCACUUUUCUGAACCGUUUCCAGCUCUAAAGCAGCCUUUCUGAGUUGGGUCUGGGGAGGGAGGGAGUCUGCUGUCUCUCCGGAGUAGGGUAAGACACACACGUUUGGGCUCCGCAAGAGUUGUAGACAGAAAGUCAUAUUCUCCACGAUUCAUGCUAGUCUGUUCAGUACAUUUGCUCAGCGUUACGCCCUAGGGCCUAAUAAUCUCAUGUGCUGUGCUCUCUCUUUCUCUUUCCCCCGACAGCUUUGCAGCCUCUGAAGAACACGGAAAACAAAGAAGGUAAAGGAAAGUUUCCCCUCAGUGGUUGCUACCCAUGUGUUGAGCUGCUUUGAAGUGAAAAGCAGCACGUUGCAGUCAAUGUGCAGAUUGUCACUUCCACAGGUCAAGCAUGAUACGCGCACCUUGGCAGAGCUAAUAACCCCCAGAUCUUUGACCUCUUUCUUUGUCUCCUCUUGAUGGUGGUGGUGAUUGCCCUCUCUGCCCCACUUGAUGCCAGGCAGGAGGCAUUGCCCUCUGUCUGAAUUGGCUUCAGUUGUCAUUGCAAAGCCAACUCAGAGUGAGAACGUAUUCCGCGUGGAACAUUUUCCGCGUGGUUUCAUUUCCUCCCUCCCUUUUCUUUCCAGACAUUGGAGAAGAAAUUGACUGA